AUGAAUAAUAAAACGCUGCUUAUAGUGUUAUUACUAGUUUGCACUCUAGAAGGUAUGUAUUUAAAGUGAAUUUUAAGCUUAAUAAUUCAUUUAAUUGGGAAGCAAUCUAAAAUUGCAUAGUUUAAGUGAAUUGCAUCAAUUAGAGACUAAUUAAUUAGAUUGUAGUCCAAUGUUGGGAGAAGUGAGCACUUCAAUUGAUGCAUGGUCAGAAAUAUUAGAGAAUUAAGAUUAACUUAACACAGAUUCGCAUAAUCUUUAAUAAUUAAAGGUAGCAUUACAAGAUUUCCGUGGAGAUAGUUAUAAUGAUGUAGAACCUGGUAAUAUAUUAAUUAUAUCAUUCUAGUAUUAUUGCAAUUCAGAAAUUCAUUUUCAGAUAUUAUGAGUUAAAUUAGCUAACAUCAUUUAUAAAUUACACCAUAUUAAAGAUGGAGAAAAGAUAGUGCCAUGGAAUUAUAAGGAGUAGUAAGUUUAUUAGAUACUGCAGAGAAUGAGAAAGACUUAGAAUUAUGUUGUGAUAGAAUCGAAUAAUUAAUUAAUAGAUUAUUGAAAGAGAGAGAAUAAGUUAGAAAUUAAUGUUAAAAAGGACCAUAAGUAUUAUUAUACAAAUAUAUUAUUAGAUUACAAUCAACAUUAUCAAUUCUAAAUCUGAUUAAGUUAGAGAAAUAACUAAAGAAUGUUCUGAUGGUUAAGGAACCAUUGUUAGAAUUAAACCAAAAGAUGAUGAUGGAUAAGUAGUAAUCCCAACUAAACCUGAUGGUUAAUAAUAAGGAAAAGAUGAAAUCAAAAAACCUAUUUAACCAACAUAACCAGUCAGACCUAAACCAGAUGAUAGAGUCCCUGAAGAUGAUGAAUAAUAAGAAUAAAGUGUUUCUGAACCAAGUAGUACAACAGAUGAAGAAGAUGAUGAAGAUUCAUCAAACAAAAAGAAACCAGCUGAUUUUACUAAUCCAGAUCCUGUUAAUUAAAAAGAUAGAGAAAGUUAGGAACCAUUUACUGAAUAUGGUUAUGGAUAUUGGGCUAAAUUUUUGUUGGCAUAUCCUAAAUUCUUACCUAAUGGAAAAGAUGCUCCUUGGUAUUUUGUUUCCAGAUUGAGUGCCAAUAAAAAAGAUGAAAAUAUUAAUAUGGGAGAUAGAUUAUUAGCUGUUUGGUUAGGUAAAGGAUAUUAUCAUUUCACAACUUGUGAUUAACCAAAGAAUUAACCAAAUGUUGUUCAAAAUGUUAAUUAUCCUGAAGAUUUUGAUGGUGUUUGGACAUAUAUUUACUAUUCAUAUAGUGUUGAAAAAAAGAAGGCUGUUGCUUUUGUUAAAUUUGGAAAUGAUGAUCUUAAAAAAAUUACUCAUGAAGUCUUAAAUCCAUCAACAAAAUGGGUUAAAUUCACUAUUGGAGGUAAAGAUUAAAAUAGAUAUCCUGGUUUCAAUGGUUUAAUCUAAUAGGUCUAUUUCAGUACUAAACCAGGUGUUUUCCUUGAUUCUGAAGAUGAUGUUAUUGGAAAAUUGUAAUAAUAAAAGAAACAACCCAGAGACUUCUUACCUGAAUUAAUUACAUAUAAAGUAGUCUCAAAUCCAUAAUAAAGAGAUCCUGAAACUAAAGAAGUACUUUCUAUUGUUGGAACAUCAAAAAAUCCUAAAUUCCCACAUGAAUAUGCUUUCAGUGGUUGGUUCAAAUGGGAAGUACCUAAAUAAUAAUAAGAAUGGCAUAACAUCUUUAGAGUUUAAAUUCAAUAACCAUCAACUGAUAAAUUUUUGGGAGAUAGAACAUUAUCUGCUUGGGUUGGUAAAUAAGAUGGAGGUAUUAUUCACUUACCAACAUAUACAUUCACUAAUUUGGAAGGUGCUGGAAAUCCUAAUGUUGUUAAAAAUAUACCACACUAAAAUAGACAUACUGAAUGGUUCUUUGUUUAUUUUGGAUAUUCAAGACCUUAAAAGAAAGCUGUUGCUUCAAUUCAAUGGAAAUAAUCUACAGAUAAAUUAGAAUAUGAUAAUAUUAGACACUUUCAAGUUCCUAAGUUCUUCAUUUAUGUAGGAAAAGACAAAUAAUUCCCAGGAUUUAAUGGUAAAGUUGCAUUAGUAUCUUUCAAUGUUGGAGAAGGAUCAUUCAAACCAAAUAAUGAUUUUACUGGAAAAGGAGAUCCAUUUAAUUUUGAAAAUGGUAAAAAGAAAUUGAUUGGUGUUCAACCAGAAAUUGAUACUGAAGAAGAUCCUGAAAAAUAAAAGAAACCAUAUAAAGUAGUAGAUGAUGCAGAUACUGAUGGUUUAAUUAGACCAAGUUCAAGUGAAGAAAAUAAACCAGUCAUUGAAGAAACUUAAGAAGAUGAAAAUGAGUUUGUUGAAUAUGGUUAUGGAUAUUGGAUGAGAUUCUUAACUGCUUAUCCUGAUAGAUUAUUAAAUGGAAAGAAUGCUCCAUGGUACUUUGUUUCUAGAUUAACUUCUAAUAUGAAUUACAAAAAUAUUGAAAUGGGUGACAGAUUAUUAGCUAUUUGGUAAGGUUAAGGAUAUUAUCAUUUUACUACUUGUGAUUAACCAAAGAACCAAGCUAAUGUAAUUCAAAAUAUUAAUUAUCCAAAUGAUAUUGAAGGUUUAUGGACCUAUGUUUACUAUUCAUAUAGUUCAGAAGCUAAGAAAGCUAUUGCCUUCAUAAAAUAUGCAGAUUAAGAACCAAGAACAAUCUUACACUCAGUUUAACAUCCAGCUACAAAGAGAGUCAAAUUCAUUUUAGGUGGUAUGGAUAAUAAAUAAUAUCCUGGAUUUAAUGGUUUAUUCAGUUAAAUUACUUUUUCUGCUAGACCAGGAGUAUUUUUAGAUACAAUUGAAGACUUUUCAGAUUAAUUGAAAAGAACAAUCAUACCAAAAUAAGAUUUGGAUUAAUUCUAUAAUCAUGAAUUAAUUUCUGAUGUUGUUUCCAGAAAACCAAAUGAUAUUCCAGAUUAUGAUGAAAUUGGAGGAGGACAAGAAAUGUUCCCACAUGAAUAUGCUAUUUCUGGAUGGUUCAAAUGGGAAUAAACUUAAUAAUAAGUUUGGCACAAUGUAUUUAGAGUAUAAAUCAAAAAACCAUCAACUGACAGAUUCUUAGGAGAUAGAACAUUAUCUUGUUGGAUUGGUACUGCUUAAGGUGGAAUCUUACAUUUCCCAACAUAUACAUACACUAAUAUGAAUGGAGCAGGUAAUCCAAAUAUGGUUAGCAACAUUCAACAUAAGAAUAGAAUUUUCGAUUGGUUCUUUGUUUACUUUGGAUAUUCAAAGAAUUUAUAAAAAGCAUUUGUUGGAGUUAGAUUUGCUACAGGUAUUGAAACUUUAGAAUAUAACAAUGUCAAUCACUAUUAUGCACCAAAAUUCUAUACAUUUGCUGGUAAAGACAUGCACUUCCCAGGAUUGAAUGGUAAAUUGGCAUAUGUGAACUUUAAUUUAGGAGAUGGAACAUUCAGAAAAACUCCAGAUUUCAAACAUCCAGAUGAUAUCUUCGGAUUAUAAAAAGGUGAAAUUAACAUACUCAAAAAACCAGAUUAAAAGAAAGUAUAACCAGAAGUAGAUAAAGAAACUGGAGAAACUUAAAUUCCAAAUGGAGUAUCUGACAAUACACCUAAAGUAACUAAAGAAUUCAAAUCAGAAUAACCAUUAAGUGAAUAUGGUUAUGGAUAUUGGAUGAGAUUCUUAACAGCUUAUCCCGUUAAAUUGCCUAACGGAAAGAAUGCCCCAUGGUAUUUCAUUUCCAGAUUGGCUAACAGACCUAAUUAUGAUAAUAUUGCUAUGGGAGAUAGAACAUUGGCUAUAUGGUAAGGAUAAGGAUAUUAUCACUUCACCACAUGCAAUUUACCAGGAUAAGUUAAUGUAAUCAAGAAUGUUAAUUAUCCAGCUGACAUUGAAGGAUUAUGGACAUAUGUUUACUAUUCAUAUAGUAAAUAAGAGAAGAAGGCAGUCGCAUUCAUUCAAUUUGGUGCUACAGAUCCUAUUGAUGUUGUUCAUUAAGUCACUCAUCCAGAUAAUACAUAUGUUAAAUUUAUUUUGGGAGGUAAAGACAACAACAGAUAUCCUGCAUUUAAUGGUUAAUUCUAAUCAGUUGUUCACUCAGCUUCCCCUGGUGCAUAUAUUGGAUCAAUUGACUAAUUUAAGGCUUUCCUUAAUAAACAACCAAAUCCUUUAGCAUCUAAAGUUCCUUUGACAACUACUACAUUAGUUGACAGUUAAAUUACAAGAAAUCCAGGAACACCAGGAAAUACAUAAACAGUUGAAGCCCCAUUCCCUAAAGAAUAUGCAUUUUCAGGUUGGUUCAAAUGGGAAUAACCUACACCCUAAUAGGCAUGGCAUAAUCUCUUCAGAGUCCAAAUUAGUUAACCAUCAACAGAUAAUAGUCAUGGUGAUAGAACUUUAGCAGGAUGGGUUGGAAGUGGAGCAGGAGGUAUCAUUCAUUUAACAACAUACUCAUACAAGAAUAUGAAUGGAGCUGGUCCAAAUAAUUUACCUUAAAAUAUUAAUCAUAAAAAUAGACAUUUUGAAUGGUUCUUUGUUUACAUGGGUUAUUCAAAGAAUGAUAAAGCUGCUUAUUCUUAUGUCAAAUGGAGAGAUAGUGAAGAUAAUUUAGAAUUUAAAGACAUCAAUCAUUAUUUUGCUAAGAAAUAUUUUGUUUUUGUUGGUAAAGAUGUUCAAUUCCCAGGAUUCAAUGGAAGAAUAGCAUCAACAUCCUUUAAUCAUGGAGAAGGAUCAUUUAGAAAAGGAAAUGAUUUCAAACAUCCAACUGAUGCAUUCAGAUUUGAUAAAGGAAGUUAAUUGGUACCAAAAGUUGAUCCAACAAAACCUGUUGUUGAUGAUAAGACUGAAUAUGGUAGCAAAUUCAAUAAUAAUGCACCAAAUGUUGAUAAGACAUUGUCAUCAAAUGAUCUUUUGGUUGAAUAUGGUUAUGGUUUCUGGGCUAGAUACUUAACAGCUUACCCAGCUAGAUUAAUUAAUGGAAAGAAUUAACCAUGGUACUUUGUUGCAAGAUUGACAACAAAUGUUUAAUAUGAUAAUAUUAGAAUGGGAGAUCGAGCUUUAGCUAUUUGGUAAGGAUAAGGAUUCUAUCAUUAUACAACAUGUAAUAAAUAAAAUGGAAAUGUUAAUGUCAUUUAAAAUAUCAAUUAUCCAGCUGAUAUUGAAGGAGUUUGGACAUAUAUAUAUUAUUCAUACAGUGCAGAAAAGAAGAAAGCAGUAGGAUUCAUUAAGUAUGGAAAUGAAGAAGUCAAGUCUAUUACUCAUUCAAUAACACAUCCAGAAACAAGAUAAGUUAGAUUCAUUCUAGGUGGUAUGGAUAACAACAGAUAUCCAGCCUUUAAUGGUAUAUUCACUAAAGUCUCAUAUUCUCAUGAAAAAGGAGCAUUUAUUGAUAGUUUAGAUGCAUUGAGACCUAGAAUUGGAAUUGUACCUGAUGUCGAUACACCAGCUGUUAACAAGAAACUCGUUGCAGGAUAAAUUGAAAGAGUUCCAACUGUUGCUCAUAUUGGCGAAACUGUUGGAGAUGAAUAAACUAAAUUACCAUAAGAAUAUGCUUUAAGUGGAUGGUUCAGAUGGGAUAAAUUAUAAGGAUAGUAAGUAUGGCAUAACAUUUUCAGAGUUUCAAUUAAUUCACCAUUCUCUGAUAGAUUUUUAGGAGAUAGAACAUUAGCUGUUUGGGUUGGUACUGUUUCUGGAGGUAUUUUACAUCACACUACCUAUACAUACAAUAAUAUGAAUGGAGCAGGAAAUCCUAAUAUUGUUCAAAAUAUAUAACAUAAAGAUAGACAUUAAGAAUGGUUCUUUUUGUAUUAUGGAUAUUCAAAGAAAGAUCAAAAAGCUUAUGCCUAUAUCAAAUUCAAGGAUAGUGAAGAAACUUUAACAUUCUAAAAAAUUAAUCACUAUUUAGCACCAAAAUUCUUUGUUUAUUUAGGCAAAGAUCCUAACUUUUAAGGAUUCAAUGGUUAAAUUGGAUUUGUUAAUUUCAAUAUUGGUAAAGGUAGUUUCAAAUCAGGAAAUGAUUUCACAGAUGACUCAGAUAGAUUUGGAUUUUCAGAUGGAUCUAAAGCAAUUGCUAAACCUGUUGAACCACCUAAACCAGAAGCAAUUCCUGAAGCUGAUAAAUAAGUGUUUGCAAGUGCUUCAAGUGUUGAUUCACCAAAAGUUGACAAAUAGACUGUUCCAAGUGACUAAAAUCUUGUUGAAUAUGGUUAUGGAUAUUGGUUGAGAUAUUUAACAAAAUAUCCUGAAUAAUUACCAAAUGGAAAGAAUUAACCAUGGUACUUUGUAUCCAGAUUGACAACAAAUGUUCAAUAUGAUAAUAUUAGAAUGGGAGAUAGAGCAUUGGCUAUCUGGUAAGGAUAAGGAUAUUAUCAUUUCACAACAUGUGAUUAAAAGAGUAACAAUGCUAAUGUGAUUAAGAAUGUCGAUUAUCCCAAUGAUAUUGAAGGUGUUUGGACUUACAUUUACUAUUCAUACAGUACAAAGGAGAAUAAUGCAGUUGCAUUUAUUAAGUUUGGAGAAAGUGAUUUCUAAUAAGCAACACAUCAAGUUACACAUCCAGCUGCUAAAUAAGUUAGAUUCAUAUUGGGAGGUACAGAUGAAAAGAGAUAUCCAGCAUUUAAUGGUCUUUUCACUAAUGUUUACUUUAAUAGUAGAGUUGGAGCCUAUAUUAAUUCAUUGUCCAAUCUUAACAAAUUAUUAGAUACUCAAGGACCGAAACCAAGUAUAAAACUAGUUGAAUUGACUACUACUACCUUGAUUGAUAAGGAAAUCUCUAGAACUCCAAAAGAUGAACCUGUCACAACCGAAGUUGAAGAAAAGAAAUUACCUCAUCAAUAUGCAUUUAGUGGCUGGUUUAGAUGGGGAGCUAUGUCAUAAGAACCUUGGCAUAAUAUUUUCAGAGUUUAAAUUAAGACACCUUCAACUGAUAGCGUGUUGGGAGACAGAACCUUAUCAGCUUGGUUGGGAACAGCAGAAGGAGGCAUAAUCCAUUUACCUACUUACACUUAUACUAAUAUGAAUGGUGGCGGUAAUUCAAAUCUUUUCAAGAACAUUUAACAUAAAGGAAGAAAUACUGAAUGGCAUUUCAUUUACUUUGGAUAUUCAAAGGACUAAAACAAAGCUUAAGUUUAUGUUAAAUGGACAUAAUCAGAGGAUACUCUUGAAUACCCUGACACCAGACAUUACUUUGCAUCAAAAUUCUAUAUCUUUACAGGAAGAGAUAAGCAUUUCCCUGGUUUCAAUGGUAAUAUCGCAUAAGCCAAAUUUAAUAUUGGUGAAGGAUCCUUUGUUGCUGACAAAAACUUUAACUUACCAAAAGAUCCAUUUUCAUUUGGCAGUGGAAUUAAUACUUACCAUAAAGAUUAACCUAAACCAUAAACAGAAACUAAACCAGAUUCUAAAGUUCUUGACAAUUCAGAAGGACAAAAAGUACCAGCAUUAAAUAAAGAAUUGAAAGAUGACAAGGAAUUAACAAGUUAUGGAUAUGGAUUUUGGAUGAGAUAUUUAACAGUUUAUCCAGAAAGAUAAAUUAAUGGAAAAAAUUAACCUUGGUACUUUGUUUCAAGAUUAACAUGGAAUGAAAAAUAUGAUAAUAUUGGUAUGGGAGACAGAACAUUAGCUAUAUGGUAAGGAGCAGGAUUCUAUCACUUCACUACAUGCAAUAUUGCAAAUGGAAAUACCAACCUUAUCUAAAAUAUUAAUUUCCCAAAUGAUAUUGAAGGAUUAUGGACAUAUGUCUACUAUUCAUACAGCAGAGCCAAUAAAUAAGCUGUUGCAUUCAUUCAAUAUGGUAAUGAUGCUCCAUAAACAGCUACACAUUCCACUUAACACAAGGAUACUAAAUAUGUUAGAUUUAUUUUGGGAGGUAAUGAUGAAGGAAGAUAUCCAGGAUUCAAUGGUCAAUUUACAGGUGUUUCAAUUGAUUAAACUUAUAUUGGUACAGUUGAUGAAUUCAAAGCAUUUGUCUCAAAGAUUGGAACUCCAUAAGUAGGAUUGAAAUAAUUGACAACUGUAGGUUUGGUUGAUUAGAUUAGCAGAAGUUCUGAAGCAGAUAUCACAAAAGAAGCAACUGUUGGAGGAGGUGAUUAGAGAUUCCCAUAAGAAUAUGCUAUUAGUGGUUGGUUCAAAUGGAAACCUACUGCUUAGGCAGCUUGGCAUAACAUUUUCAGAGUUUAAAUUAAGAAACCAUCUACUGAUAAUUUCUUGGGAGAUAGAACAUUAACAAUGUGGGUUGGUACUCCUGAAGGAGGUAUUCUCCAUUUCCCAACAUAUACAUAUGACAAUAUGGUUGGUGGAGGAAAUACAAAUCUCUACAAAAACAUUCAACACAAAUAAAGACAUCUUGAAUGGUUCUAUGUCUAUUAUGGAUAUUCUAGAACAAUUUCUAAGGCUUAAGUAUAUGUUAAAUGGGCUUCUACUGAUGAUAGUCUUACUUAUGAUAAUGUUAGACAUUAUUUGACUCCAGAGUUCUAUGUAUUUGUUGGCAGAGACAAGCAAUAUCCAGGACUUAGUGGUAAAAUGGGUUAUGUGAAAUUCAAUCUUGGAGAUGGGGCAUUCUUAAAAGAUCCAACUUUCGACCAUCCAUAAGAUGCCUUUGGAUUCAAAUCUGGAGUUGAGAAUUUGGUUAAGAAACCUGCUGUUGCAAUUGAACCAGGAACACCAAUUACAGAAGAAUUAACAAAUGGAUUUGAAUAAAAGAACCCAGUUGUUGAUAAAGCUGCACCUGCUGAAAGAGAUCUUGAAGAAUAUGGUUAUGGAUUCUGGUUCAGAUUCUUACAUAAUUAUCCAGUUAGAUUACCAAAUGGAAAGAAUCAACCAUGGUAUUUCGUUGCAAGAUUGGCUAAUUAAGAGAAAUAUGAUAACAUUAGAAUGGGAGAUAGAAUGUUGGCUGUUUGGUAAGGAUAAGGAUAUUAUCAUUUCACUACAUGCAACAAAGUUGAUAACAAUCCAAAUUACAUUAAGAACAUCAACUAUCCAGAAGAUAUUGAAGGAUUAUGGACAUAUCUUUACUAUUCAUAUAGUGAUGAUAAGAAUAGAGCAGUUGGUCAUAUCAAAUACGGAAAUGAUGAUAUCCAAUCAAUUAAACAUGAUGUGAACCAUCCUGAAACUAAAUAUGUUAGAUUCAUAUUGGGAGGUAAUGAUGAAGGAAGAUAUCCAGGAUUUAAUGGUGUGUUCUCACAAAUAACAUUUAGCACCAAAGAAGGAGCAUUUAUUGAUACAGCAGAUCUCUUGAAAGGAUUCAUGAGUAAAUUAAAUAAGCCUGCUUAAGGAUUCAAUGAUUUAGCCAAUUAUAAAUUAGUUGAAGAUAGCUUGACAAGAACCUCUGAUGAUAAACCACUAACAAAGGUUAUAGGAAAAGAAACAGAAAGAUUCCCAGCUGAAUAUGCAUUCAGUGGAUGGUUCAAAUGGUAACCUUUAGCCUAAUAGCCAUGGCAUAACAUUUUCAGAGUUUAAAUUAAAACACCUUCUACAGAUAAUGUUUUAGGUGACAGAACAUUAACAGCUUGGGUUGGAACAGCUGAAGGAGGUAUCAUUCACUUACCAACAUACACAUACACUAAUAUGAAUGGUGCAGGAAAUGCUAAUGUUUGGAAGAAUAUUUAACACAAGAACAGAAUAACUAGCUGGUUCUUCCUCUACUUCGGAUAUUCAAAAGAUUAAUAAUUAGCCUAAGCCUACAUUAAAUGGACAGAUGGUGAAGAUCAAUUAUCAUAUGAGAAGACCAAUCAUUAUUUGGCAACCUAAUUCUAUGUGUUUACAGGUAGAGAUGAUCAUUUCCCAGGAUUUAAUGGAAAAUUGGGCGAAGUUAAUUUCAAUAUUGGUAAAGGUGCAUUCAGAAAACCAACUGAUUAUUCACAUGAAAAGGACAUUUUUGGUUUCAAGAGUGGUACAGAUAAAUUCAUUAAGAAACCAAGUGAUGAAUUUAAGCCUGCUGAUGCUGAUAAAAAUAUUCUUGAAAACGCUUCAAGCUAAGACAAGCCAGUUGUUGAUAAGGAAGCAAGUUCUGAAAAACCAUUUGAAUAAUAUGGUUAUGGUUUCUGGAUGAGAUUCUUAUCUAAAUAUCCAGAGUAAUUACCAAAUGGAAAAAACUAACCAUGGUACUUUGUAUCCAGAUUGGCUAAUUAAGAAAAAUAUGAUAAUAUUAGAAUGGGAGAUAGAACAUUGGCUAUCUGGUAAGGAUAAGGAUAUUAUCAUUUCACAACAUGCUCCUCUGCUACAAAUAAUCCAAAUUUGAUUCAAAAUAAUAACUAUCCUGAUGAUAUUGAAGGAUUGUGGACAUAUGUUUAUUAUUCAUACAGUUCUGAAUAAAAUAAAGCUAUUGGUUUCAUCAAAUAUGGUAAUACAGAUUUCUAAAGAAUUGUUCAUGAAACUACUCAUUCUUUAACUAAAUAUUUGAGAUUCAUUGUUGGUGGUAAUGAUGCUAAGAGAUACCCAGGAUUCAAUGGUUUGUUCACAUCAGUCACAUUCUCUACUGAAUCAGCCUUUGUUUCAGAUGUCGAUAAGUUGAAUGCUUACCUACUCAAGAAUUAAGCACCAAACGUUGUUGUUCCAUUAUAAACAACUGAAUUGUUGAAAGAUCAAAUCGCAAGAGAUAAGGAUGAAAAACCAAGUGCUGUAUAAUCAGUAGGAAGCAAUAAUAAAUUCCCAUUAGAAUAUGCAUUGAGUGGUUGGUUUAGAUGGAAGCCAACAGCAUAAGCAGCAUGGCAUAAUGUUUUCAGAGUCCAAAUUAAGAAGACACCAGUUACAGAUAGUUGGUUAGGAGAUAGAACACUCACUUGUUGGGUUGGUACUGCUGAAGGGGGUAUUUUACAUUUCCCUACAUACACUUAUACUAAUAUGAAUGGUGGAGGAAAUAACAAUUUCUACAAAAACAUAUAAUAUAAGAAUAGAAUUAAUGAAUGGUUCUAUGUUUACUAUGGAUAUUCUAAAGUCUAAGCUGCAACCUAGAUUUAUGUCAAAUGGUUUGAUUCUGAAGAUAGCAUGUCCUAUGAUAAAAUAAAUCAUUAUUUGACACCAGAAUUCUAAGUUUGGGUUGGUAGAGAUGAACCAUUUGUUGGUUUCAACGGUAGAAUUGCUUAUGUUAAUUUCAAUGCUGGUGAUGGUGCUUAUGUCAAAAAUAAUAAAUUUGAUCAUCCAUAAGACAUCUUCAAAUUCAAUGUUGGAUAAGCUAAAUUAUUUGAAAAAUAAGAAGAAGUUAAACCAGGAUAAGUUAAUAAAGAUUUAUUAAUUAGUCCAACAAGUCAAGAUAAACCAGUAAUUGAUUCAAAUGUUAAAUAAGAUAAUAAUUUAGAAGAGUAUGGUUAUGGUUUCUGGUUGAGAUAUUUAACAGCCUUCCCAGAAAGAAUGCUUAGUGGUAAGAACUAACCAUGGUACUUUGUUGCUAGAUUAGCUAAUCAAGAAAAUUAUGAUAAUGUUAGAAUGGGUGAUAGAUUAUUGGCUAUUUGGUAAGGAUAAGGAUAUUAUCAUUAUACAACUUGUAAUGCAGUUAAUGGAAAUGUUAAUGUCAUUUAAAAUAUUGAUUAUCCAGCUGAUAUUGAAGGUGUUUGGACAUACAUCUACUAUUCAUACAGUGAAGCUAAAUCAAGAGCUGUUGGUUUCAUCAAAUAUGGAUCUGAAGAUACAAUCAAAGCAAUCAGACAUGAUGUUACUCAUCCAGAUACAAAAUAUGUCAGAUUCAUUUUAGGAGGUACUGAUGCUAAAAGAUAUCCUGGCUUCAAUGGUAUUUUCACUUAAGUCACAUUUGAUGCAGCUAAAGGAGUUUUCAUUGACACAGUUGAUUAAUUGAAAGGAUACAUGAAUAAAUUAGAGAGCCCAACAGUUGGUUAAGUUGAUUUACAAACUUAUAGAUUGAUUACAAAUGAAAUAUUUAGAGAGAAGACCAAUGAUCCAAACUUUAAUGCUAUUGGAAAAGAUAAUGAAAGAUUCCCAUUAGAAUAUUCUAUCAGUGGUUGGUUCAAAUGGUAAUAAGCACCAUAAGAUGUUUGGUAAAAUAUUUUCAGAGUUUCAUUAAAUGAGAAACCUGCUGAUCAAUUCUUGGGAGAUAGAACAUUCGCUGCUUGGAUUGGAACAAGCGAAGGAGGUAUCAUUCACCUUCCAACAUAUACUUAUGCUAACAUGAAUGGAGGUGGAAAUGCAAAUGUAUGGAAGAAUAUCUAACACAAAGAAAGACAUACCAAAUGGUUCUUCAUUUAUUUCGGAUAUUCUAAGACUUAAGCUAAGGCAUAUUCUUAUAUCAAAUGGUAAACAGAGGAUGAUUUCUUAAAUUAUGAUAAUACAAACCAUUACUAUGCACCAAACUUUUAAGUAUUCUUAGGAAGAGAUAAGUUCUUCCCAGGUUGGAAUGGUAAGAUUGCAUAUGCUCAAUUCAAUUUGGGUAAAGGUGCAUUUAGAAAUGCUAAAGAUUUCACUCAUCCCAAUGAUGCUUUCGGUAUUGGAGCUGGUAUUGAUAAAUUAAAGAAACCAGACACUGGAUUUAAACCAGCUGAUUCUGAUCCUGCAGUUAAAGAAAAUGCAUUCAAUUAAGAUAAACCAAUACACGAUAAGACUGCCACUUCAGAAAAUCCAUUUGAUGAAUAUGGUUAUGGAUUUUGGAUGAGAUUCUUAACAGUACAUCCUUAAAGAUUAAAUAAUGGUAAGAAUGAAGCUUGGUAUUUCAUUGCUAGAUUAGCUAAUUAAGAAAAAUAUGAUAAUAUUAGAAUGGGAGAUAGAAUGUUAGCUAUGUGGUAAGGACAAGGAUAUUAUCAUUUCACAGCAGCUAAUGUUUUGACUGGAAAUCCAAAUAUGAUUCAAAAUGUUAAUUAUCCAGAGGAUAUUGAAGGUUUGUGGACUUAUGUUUACUAUUCAUACAGUGUAGAAGAGAAUAAAGCAUAAGGUUUUAUUAAGUUUGGAGAUGAGAACUUCAAAUAGAUCACACAUUAAACAACUUAACCAUUGACUAAAUAUUUAAGAUUCAUUGUUGGUGGUAAUGAUGAUAAGAGAUAUCCAGGAUUCAAUGGUUUAUUCACAUCAAUUACAUUCUCAUCUUAAGUAGGAGCUUAUGUUGAUAAUAUGGAUGCUUUGAAUAAAUAUCUUAAUGCUAAUCCAUAUCCUAAAUUGGAUACUACUCCAUAGAAUUAUUUAUUGAUCAAAGAUCCAAUUAAUAGAAAACCAGAAAAUGAAUUUUUCUUAAGAGAAUUUGGAGAGGAGAAGUAAAGAUUCCCUCUAGAAUACUCAAUUAGUGGAUGGUAUAAAUGGAUUGAAGGAACUCCAGCAAAUCAAUGGUAGAAUUUAUAUAGAGUAUUAUUGAAGAAAGAACCAACAGAUACAGCAAUAUUGGGAGAUAGAACAUUAGCAGGUUGGAUUGGAUUUGGUAAUAUUCAUUAGAGUACAUACACUUAUGUGAAUAUGAAUGGAGCAGGAAAUAACAAUAUUUGGAAAUAGGCUGAACAUAAAGAUAGACAUUUAAGAUGGUUCUUUGUUUAUCAUGGAUAUUCAAGAACUGAUAGAUUAUCAUAUGCUUAUGUAUAAUACAAUAAGGGAGCAGAAUCAUUAUCAUGGGAUAAGGUUAAUCAUUACUUCGUUCCAAGAUUUUAUGUUUAUGUAGGAAAAGAUGCUAUUAAUGGAUUCAAUGGUUAAAUUGGAGCAAUGAAUUUCAAUAUUGGAGCAGGUUCAUUUAGAAAGGGAGAUGAUUUCACACAUGAUAAAGAUUUCUUUGGAUUUGGUGCACCAUUUGUUUAGACUAAAGUGAAACCAUUUGAUAUCAAAGAUAGAGCAACAGAUCUUUUAGAAAGUGCAGCCCCAACAUAAGAGAAACCAUCAUAUACUAAGGUAUUGCCAGAAGAUGAGGUAGCAAGUGCUGAAGAGUAUGGUUAUGGAUUCUGGGCAAGAUAUUUGACUUAAUAUCCAACUCCAUAAAGAACAGGAAUGUAAGGUGAAUGGACCUUUGUUUCAAGAUUAACAAAGAAUUAGAAAUUGUAGGAUGUUACUUUAGGAGAUAGAACUUUGGCUAUAUUCUUGAAUAGAAAUAGUGCCUUUUACUUUGCUACUACAAAUGCUGGUAAUCCAAAUGCAUUUGUUAAUUCAGCAGUGAGACCAGAUUUCGAAGGAGUUUGGAUUUACAUACAUUUCAGUCAUAAUUUGGAAAAGAAAUCAAGUGUUGCCUUCCUAAAAUAUGGUGAUGAGAAACCCUUGAAAUUCUAAUAAGUAGCCUCUCAUGUACCACCAUCAUUCUUACAAUUCUUUUUGGGAGGUAAGGAUUUCUACAAUUCAUGGAAUGGUCAAUUCAGUGAUGUUAUGGUUUCAGCAAGUAAAGGUAUCUUCAUUGAAGAUGAAGCUGCAUUGACUAAACAUUUAUCAGGAUUUAAGAUGCCAGCUUAAUUCAAUUAUGAUUUAAAGACUUUUGAAGUAAUUCCUAAAGAAUAACCCUAUGAUGCUAAAUAAGAAAUCAAGGAAUAAAUGUUCUAAGAAGAUGUUGCUUUGAGACCAGAAUAUGCUUGGUCAGGUUGGUUCAAAUGGGAUAACACUCCAACAGGAAGUUGGUUCUUAUAUGCUAGAUUAAGUAUAUUCUAAGGACCUGAGAAUUUAUAAGCUUUAGGAGAUAGAACAUUGGCAGCUUGGGCAGGAACAAAUGUAUUAUAAUUCUCAACAUAUAACUAUAAUAAUUUAGUAGGAGGAGGAAAUGCUGAUAGUUGGAAUAGAUUAAACUUUGGAUAAGACUUAGUAAGAUGGCAUUAUAUAUACUUUGGAUAUUCUUUGAUUGAGAGAGCAGCUUAUUAUCGAGUAGAGUUUAAAGGAAGAUUGGAAGAAUUCACUUUCAAAGAUCACAAACACUAUUAUCCAAAUAGAUUCUCAUUAUAAGUUGGUAAAGACAAGUUCUCUGCACCAUUUGUUGGUCUUGCAGCCUUUUUCAGAUUGAAUGUUGGUGAAGGUGCUUAUAGAACAAGUGGAUAUGAGAAAGCUAAGAAUGACAUCUUUGCUUAUAAUCUAGGUAAAUAAGCUUAUGUCAGACCAUCUCCCACAUUUGAUGUGAAUAAAGAUUAAAAUAAGGGAGUUUCUGAUUCACCAGUUGAUGGCAAGGAUCCAGUAUGGACAAAGAAAAUGAUUGGUUCAGAUUUAGAUGAUAUUAAUGAAUAUGGUUAUUCAAUGUGGUUGAGACAUUUAGCUCAUUAUCCAGUUCAAAUGCCAAGAGGAUUAGCUGAUAAGGUUUGGUCAUUUGUUGCCAGAUUAACUAAGAAUCAAUAAUUAUAAGAUAUUACUGUUGGAGAUAGAGUCUUAGCUGUUUGGUUAAAUUAAGGAAAUUCAUAUCACUUUACAACAUAUAAUUAAGGUAAUCCAAAUAUGGUUUAGAAUAUCAAUAAUCCAACUGAUAUUGAUGGUGUUUGGUAUUAUUUACAUUUUGCUCAUAAUCUUGGAAGUAAAUAAUCAGUAGGUUUCUUACAUAAUGGAGAAAAAUUAAAUAAGGUUGUCUUUGCAGCUGAACAUACUCCACCUACUUUCUUAUAAUUCUAUUUGGGAGGAUCAUAACUUAAUUAUCCAGCAUUCAAUGGUUAAUUUGCUAAUAUAAUCUUCUCAGUAGGAGAUGGAAUCUUUAAGAAGGAUGAGGCUGAAUUCAAUGCAUUCUUUACUGAACUCAAAUAACCAGAUCUAUUCAACAGAAAUCUUGUAACCAAGAAUAUUAUUGAUGCACCAAAAGAAUUUGGAAAAGAUAGUGCUAAAGAUGAAAAGGUUUUCAAUGAAUAUGCUUUGGUUGGAGAAUAUUCAUGGUCAGGUUGGUUUAAAUGGACUCCAACUGUAUAAUAAGCAUGGCAUUUAAUGGUUAGAGUAUCAACUCUUCAAGAUUCUUAAGAUUUAACAUUCUUAGGAGAUAGAACUUUAAGUGCAUGGGUUGGAUAAGGAUAUUUGACAUUUGCUUGUUAUCAUGCUGCUAAUGUCAAUGCUGCAGGAAAUCCUAAUUAAUAUUAGAAUAUUAAUUAUGAGACAGAUUAUACAAAAUGGCAUUUCAUUUUCUUUGGAUAUUCUAGACCAUAAAGAUUAGCAUAAGCUAAAGUCGAAUUUAGAGACAGAAAUGCAGAAGUACUUUUCAAAAAUACAUUCCAAUAUUUACCAAAUAAAUUCUCAGUUUAUGCAGCUAAAGAUAAAGUAUAUGCAUCAUAUAGUGGUAAUAUUGCACAUUUGAGAUUUAAUGGAGGUGAUGGUGCUUUUGAUCCUAAAUCUUAUGCUGAUAAUAAAUAAGAUAUCUUCGGAUACAAUGUUGGCAAAGAUAAUGUAAAAGAAAAAGAACCAGAAGUAGAUCCAGUCAGAUAAUAAGAAGUAUUAGAUUCAGCAUGGAAUUAAGAUAAACCAGUUUAUUAGACUGAAUUCAGGAAAGAAGAAUUAGCUGGUAUCUAAGAAUAUGGUUAUGGAUUCUAUUACAGACAUUUGGAAUAAUAUCCAGUUUAAAUGAGAGAAGGUAGAUUAGAACCAUGGUACAUGAUGUCAAGAUUAUCAUGGAAUAAAGAUGAAGGAAAUAUUAGAAUGGGAGAUAGAUUAUUAGCUACUUGGUAAGAAUAAGCUGCUAUUCUAUUUGUUACAAAUAAUUUACCAGGAGAUGCAAAUAUGUUAGGAAGAAUUAAUGUUGCUGAAAGAGAAGGAUUAUGGACAUUCUUAUAUUUCAGUUAUUCAUUGGAAGAUUAAUUGGCAGUUGGUAUUUUGAAAUUUGAUAAUAAUGAUGAAGUAUUCCAUAUUCCAAUGAAAUGUAAUCAUGGUAAAGUUGAUUAUUUGAAAUUCACUUUGGGAUCUGCACCUCCUCAUUUCUAUCCAAGAUUUAAUGGUUAAUUUGCUAACUAUGCUGUCAAAUUAGGACCAGGUGCAUUUGUCAAGAAUUAUGAUGCAAAGAAGAAAUAUUUAGUAAAUAGAAUUCCACAUCCACCUGCUGAUGAUAAUAAAUUCAAAUAAUUAAAAGUUGUUGAAGGUGAGAAAUAAUUCAAGGGAGAUAGUUAAGAGGAAGUUAUUGUAGAAGUACCCAAUGAUUUCAGUAAAUUCUCAACAGAAUACUCAAUUUCAGGAUGGCUUAGAUGGGAUAAUCCAGCUCUUGGUGCUGCAUGGUAUAAUGUAUUCAGAUUGAGUUUGUAUAAUGGUGAUUAAAAUACUGAAGGUAGAUUUGGUGAUAGAGACUUGGCAUUAUUCAAACAUAAUACCUAUUAUCAAUAUCAUACCUAUAACUAUAAUCCAGGAUAACCAUGGACAUUUGAACAUGUAAUUCCUCAUACUGAUUAACAUUUGGUAUGGCACUUCUUCUAUUCUGGAUAUUCAAGAGAUAAAGGAAUUCAAUACCAUUAUAUUUCAUUCUAAGAAUCUGAUGUAGAGAAGGUCUUUGAUAAAUAAAAGCAUCUUGUUGUAAAUAAACACUAUUUGUCAUUUGGUAAAGAUUAUAAGAAGUUCUUCCCAUCACAUAGAGGAUUCACUGGUACUGCUAGUAUGGUUAAUUUGAAUUAUGGAGAAGGUGCAUUUACUAUGAAACCAUUUACUAAAAAGAAUGACUUAUUCUAAUUUGCUGAUGGAGAAAAGAAAUAUAGAAAACCAUUUGAAUUAAUAGAAAUAUGGAGUGAAAAGAAUAAAUUAAUACCUUCAAUUUCUGAUAGUAAUGAAAUAGUUUAAAAUGUUGAAUUGACAGAUGCUAAAGAUAAUAUUAGAGGAUUAGAUGAAUAUGGUUGGGUUGCAUGGGUUAGAUCAUCAAGAACUGAACCAAAGAAUUUACCUUUCAGACCACAUACUCACUCUAUUGCUAGACUAUCUACUUAAAGAGUUAACAAAAAUACUCAAUAACCAGGAGAUAGAGUACUUGUAGCAUGGUAAUAUUUCCCAACUUAUUAUUUCGCUACUUACACUUAAGGAAAUAAUGAUGUUGCUUAACAAGCUCCAUUCAAGAUUGUUGAUGGUAAUUGGAGAUUAAUUGCUAUGUCUUAUAAGAAGGGAUAAGUUAAAGCAUAUGUUUACUAUGAUGAAAAAGAUGUUGCUGAAUUAACAUUUAAUGUUAAACAUGAAUUAGUUAAUGAUUAUUUGAGAUUAACAUGUGGUGGAGAGACUGAAGUAUUCAAAUAUAAUAAUUUCAAUGGUCAUUUAUUAAAUAUUGGAUUAAGAUUAGGUUAAGGAGCCCAUAUUGCUAAUAAAGAAGAUCUAUUAAGAUUUAUAUAAGGUCCAUGGAAAUUACCAGAUGAAGUUUAAAUUGAUUAAUCUAGAGUAAGUUUGAGCAUAUUGAAAGAAAAGAAAGAAUUUAAGGCAGAUGGUGAACCAGUUUGGGUAACAGUCAAACCAGAAUCAGCAAGAGGAAAAGAUGAAUAUGCAAUUUCAGGAUGGGCUAGAUGGGUAGAUCCAGCAUAAAUUUAAGCAUGGCAUUUACUUUAUAGAGUAUAAAUUUUCGAUAAAGAUGCUGAUGGAUUGAAGAAUGCUGAUAGACCAGGAGAUAGAACAUUAGCUUGUUGGAAAGGUAAUGGAUUUUUCUAUAUUGCUACUUACACUGUUGAUUAAGGUCAUGGUGGAGCAUGGAACAUUGAAAGAACAAAUCCAUAUGAUGAAGUUAUGCAUAAGAAUUGGGUUUAUUUCUAUUAAGGAUAUUCAAGAUAGAAAUAGAAUGUUCACAUUUAUAUUAAAUAUCCAUCAAGAGAUGUUCACUUUGAUGUACCUGUUAAUCACUUUGUUCCAACACAAUUUUAUGUUUAAUUUGGAAAAGAUUAAUGGCAUGGUGGAUGGAAUGGUUUCCUUGAAUCAUGGUAUUUUAAUACUGGUAAUGGAGCAUACAAGACUUCAGAUUAUGGUGUAGAUGAAUCAGAUUAAUUAUCAUUUGGAUUUGGAGGAAGAGUUAUUCCAAAGCCUAAAAAUUGGGAAUCUAAAGAAAUGUUUUAAAAUAAUUGGGGACCUACAGAUCAAUCAUUAGGAAAGGAUGUUGAAAUUACAGAUGAUUUCAUUAAUGGAUUGACUGAAUAUGGAUAUGGAAUGUGGACAAGAUUUAUUUGGAAUGGUGAAAAGAAAUUAGUAGACAAACCAGCUUGGAUGGCAUUAUCUAGAUUGACAUACAGAUAAAACUAUUAAGGAGAUGCUGCUUAAAUUGGAGAUAGAUUAUUAGCUAUUUGGGUAGGAGCAGGUUUCUAUCACUUUACUACAUCUUUAGCAGGAAAUGGUAAUUUGGUUAAUAAUGUAAAUUAUAAUAAUUUAUUGGAUGGAUAAUGGAAUUACAUUUACUAUGGAUAUAAGAAAUUCGAAAAAGGAGGAAAUAUAGUAGGACAUGUAUUCUUUGGAGGAACAGCUGUUAGAACAACAAAUUUCCCUGAAAUAGUUAAUCAUACUCCAUUGUCUGAUUAUUUGUACUUCUGUGUUGGUAGUUCAGGUGCUAAAUUAAGAACAAACUAUCAUUCAUUUAAUGGACACAUCUCAAAUGUUGUAUUGAUGUUGGGAGAUGGUGCUUUCUACAAGAACCCAGAUGAUCUUAGAAAAUAAUUACCAGAAAUGCCUAAAUUCCCAUAAUUAGAACCAAUAAAGGAAGUAAUCUUUGAAGAAGCAAGAGAUAUGAAGAGAGAAGUAGCUUAAGUGGCUCCUGUUGAAUUUGCUGAUAAAUUUGCUGGAUAAUUUGAGUAUUCAGUUUCAAUUUGGUUUAAAUGGUCUACAAUUGCUAGAGCAACUUGGGAAAAUGUUUAUACUCUCUCUUACAAUGAACCAAAUAUAAGAGGAAAUCAUGUGAGACCUGGAGAUAGAGUGUUAUCAUUAUUCUAAUAUGCUGAUCACAGACAAUUCUUCAGUACUUAUACUAAUCCAGAUGUUGAUGAUGCAUUCUAAUAAAUCUUCACAGAGUGUCCAACUCCAGCUCUUGAUUAAACUGCUUGGGUUUAUGCUUAUUAUGCUUACAGUAGAAAAGCUGCUAAUGUUUAUAGUUUCUAUAAAACUAGAACAACUGAAUGUGAAAAGAAAUUACCAGCUUUCCAUAGAGUUCCUAGAUAUUUCGGAUUAUAUGUUGGAAAAGAUGGAAUACAUACUCCUUAUAAUGGAAAAUACUAAUAAUUAUAUUUGAUGGCUGGAAAUGGUGCCUAUAGAGAUAAGGAUGUUUUGAGUUUUGAUCCAUAUAUUGCAGGUGCUUUAGGAGUAUAAGCUAAACCAUAUAAAUGGACAGAAAAGAAAGAUGAAUUUGAAUAACCAUUUGAUGGAACAUUGUAAUAAGAAUUUGAUCCAGCAAUGGUAGAUGGGCAUUCAGCUUAUGCAAUUGGAUUCUGGAGUAGAUAUUUAACAGCUAUUCCAAAGAGAGUCUUAGAUAAACCAGCAUGGGUAUCUGUGGCUAGAUUUACAGUCAAUAAAGAUUAUUAAGAUCAAUCUAAGGUUGGAGAUAGAACACUUGCAUUAUGGUUAGGAAAAGGAUUUUAUGGAUUUAGAACAUAUAAUUUGGCUACUAAUACACCAACUAUUGCUUAGGAUAUCAAAUAUGAUGAUAAAUUAGAAGGAGAAUGGAAUUUCAUUUAUUUCUGUUUUGCUAGUUCAAAACAAUAAGCAAUAGGUUUUGCCAAAUUUGGUGGUUCAGGAGAUGUAAAGAGAGUUACCUUCCCAGAAAUCACACAUAAACCAAUUGAAGGAUAUGGUAAAGUCAUUAUAGGAAAGGAAUUCAGUUAUCCAGGAUUCAGUGGUAAAAUUGCACAAUUAUAAAUGAUUUUUGGUGGAUAAGGUUAUGUCCCUGAUGUAGAAUCUUUAGAAGCUUUAAUUAAAACAACAUUCCCAUAACCAGAUCUCAAUAUUCCUGAUACUUAAGUUCUUAAAAUAUAAGAAGAUGAAGUAGAAAAGAAGGUUGGAGAUAAUCCAUAAGUAACUGAAUGGCCAACUCAAUAUUAAGAAUCUCUUGAAUACUCUAUCUUUGGAUGGUUUAGAUAUGCUUCACCUAAAUUAUAGAGAGAUAAUAAUGUCUUUUUAAGAUUGACAAACAAUGAACCAGCUUAUAGAAAAGAAGCAGCAAUAGUAGGAGAUAGAACACUCUUGAUUAUGUACUAACCAAAUGAAGUAGUCUUCUCAACAUAUACACUUGGUACUAUAGAUGAUGGUUAAGUGGCUAACAUUAGAAAAGCCACUCCACUUGGAAACAACUUUGGAGUUUGGACUUAUGUUUGGUUUGGAUAUAGUUGGCCAAAGAAGGUUGCCUCAGGUAUUGUGAAAUUCCCAUCAGAUAAGGCUGUUGUUCCAUAUGAUAAUGUAUUACAUAUGGUACCUAAAUAUUUGGCCUUGUUUGCAGGAUCAGAUGGUUUAUUAGGAGGAUGGGAUGGACCUAUGAGAAAAGUAGGAGCAAUCUUUGGAAAAGGAGCAUAUAUUGAUCCAAAUAAAGGAAAUUAUGAAAAUAUGUUACCAAACUUAUUGGGAUUAUAAGCUAAGAAAUCAGAAUGGAAACCUGCCAAAGAAGAAAUUAUACUUGUUCCAAUUAAAGAUAAACCAGGAUAUGAUUUAACAUUUAAAGAUGAAGUAGGUGGUGUUACUGAAUAUGGUUAUGGAUUAUGGACAAGAUGGUUAAUGACUACACCAGAUAGAGUUGUUGAGAAAUCUCCAUUCCAUUAAUUAAUCAGAUUGACUAACACUGAGAAAUAUGAAGAUAAUGUUGCUCUUGGAAAUAGAGUAUUGGCAAUUUGGGCUGGUAAAGGAUAUUAUCAUUUCACUACUUAUGAUAAAAAGACUAAUAAGGCAUCUAUUUCAGCUAAUUCAAAUUAUGAUGACUACCUUGAAGGACAUUGGAAUUAUAUCUAUUAUUCAUUCACUGCUUAAGAUGCAGCUAGAGCUGUUGGUUUUGUUCAUUUUGGAGAUUUACCAGGAUAAACAGUUGCAAGAAUUGAAUUAAUAGAUAUUGCUCAUAAUCCAUUAAAUGGUUAUGCUAGAGUAGUAGUUGCUAAUAAUGAAUUUGGAUAUCCAUCAUUUAAUGGUAUGAUUACUGGAUUAAGAAUCUUCUUUGGAUAAGGUUUUGUUGGUUCUAAAGAAUAAUUCUUGAAAGAUGUCUUAUCAGUCUAACCAAAACCAUAAUUGACAGUACCUGCUAGAACAGACAUCAAUGUAUUGAAAGAAGAAAAAGUAGUAAAUAAGGGUGAUGCUGGAAUUCCAAUUAAGACUUAAUAUGAUCAAUAUUAAGGAGUUCUUGAAUAUGCAGUUUCUGGUUGGGUAUAAACUAGAAAAGGAUAAGCUGAUGAAUUAACAAGAAUGAUAUUUAGAUUAACUAUUAAUGAUCCAGCAAUUCAAAAAGAUAAAUCAUUGGCAGGUGAUAGAACACUUGCAUGUUUCUUAUUCAAAGAUGCAUUCACAUUCUCUACUUAUGAUUAUGGAGAUUUGGAUAAUAAUGGUGAUGAUUAAAAUGAUAUUUAAUGGCCUUCAAAGAUUGGACCUAAUAAUGGAGGUGAAUGGAUCUUCUUAUACUUUGGUUAUAAUUCUAAGAUUAGAAAAGCCUUUGCUUAUACUCUAUUCUUAAAUAGAGAAUUAGGAAAUUAAUAUAAUGAUUUGAAACACUUUGUUCCUAAUAAAUUCUGGUUCUAUUUGGGAGGAGAUGGAUUCAAUCAAUAAUUUGAAGGUACAAUGUUUAAUUGGAAUCUCAACUUUGGUGAUGGUGCCUUCAGUAAUAAACCUAAAUCAGUUAUUUCUUCAUGGCCUUAUGAACCAUAAUAAUAGGCAGCAGAUCAAGUACUCUCAGUCUUACUUGGUAACCAAGGUUUGAGCUCAAUCAAAUUGAGUAGAUUAGCUGGACCAGCUUCAGGAUAAUUUGAUGUUAAAGGAGGACCUGCUUCUGGAUAAUUCACAGUUAGUGGUGGACCAGCAUCAGGAGUUGUUGAAAAAACAGCAGGAGCUAAAUCAGGAGUUGUUGAAUAAUCAUAAGGACCAAAAUCUGGUUAAACUGAUACUGGGCCUAGACCUAAAUCAGGUUAAACUGAAACAGCUGAAGGACCUAAAUCAGGAGCUUAACAAUGA